UGUGGUGAAGAGAAACAAAAUACAGGAUUUCCUGUUCUGCAGCCACUGUACUGGGCUGCAGAUGCCGGCAGGAUUCCAGUGCUCCGAAACAUGUGGAAGUUUAACGAGUCGGUGGGGCUGGGAUCGCUGCGAAAAUCAGUAGAAAAUAAAAGCAGAAAGAUCGCUUCUCCUGCUCUCUAACAUGGAUGUCAGCCCCCAAGAAGGAUGGGAGUCACAGGAAGAAACUCUCCACCCGCCUUAAUCACCCCAUGAGCGUAGAGCUUUGGUCGCGAUGGAGAGCAACAUGUCCUCCGGGAACUGUACUGAUCCCCAAAUGUCCUUCCAGUCCACCCUGUACGCAACCACUUACACCAUCAUAUUCAUCCCUGGCCUCCUGGCAAACAGUGCUGCCCUGUGGGUCUUGUGCCGCUUCAUCAACAAGAAGAGCAAAGCUGUCAUCUUCAUGAUCAACCUGGCUGUGGCCGACCUGGCUCAUGUCCUCUCGCUGCCCUUACGUAUGUAUUAUUACAUAAACCACACUUGGCCAUUUGGAAGUUUUCUUUGCCAGGUGUGCUUCUACCUGAAGUAUCUCAACAUGUAUGCCAGCAUUUGCUUCCUCACCUGCAUCAGCAUCCAGCGGUACCUCUUCCUUCUCCAUCCCUUCAAAGCCAAGGACUGGAAGCGGCGGUACGACGCAGCCAUCAGUGCUGCUGUCUGGCUCUUUGUUGGGGCAGCGUGCUUACCCCUGCUUGUAGUGAGGAGCCCAGCCUUGUCCAACAGCACAGAUACCUGCUUCUCAGACCUGGGGGUGAAGCAGCUGAGCCCGGGAGCCUCCAUCGCACUGGUAACUGUGGCGGAGCUGUUUGGGUUUGUCAUCCCUUUUAGUAUCAUUGCCUGCUGCACUUGGAAGAUGUGGCAGUCCCUGCGGGAGUGUCCAACGCAGCUGCAAAACACCAGUGAGAAGCAGAAGGCUUUGCGCAUGGUUUUGAUGUGUGCAGCAGUCUUCUUCAUCUGCUUCACCCCCUACCACAUCAACUUCCCUUUCUUCAUGAUGGUGAUAGAGAACAUCAUCCAGGACUGUGCUGUUCACAGGAGCACACUCCGCUUCCACCCCAUCUCCCUCUGCCUGGCAAGCCUCAACUGCUGCCUGGAUCCGGUCCUCUACUACUUCAUGACCUCUGAGUUCCAGGACCAGCUUCUGCGCCACAGCUGUGCUGCCCUGCGUGCUCGGUUCACACGCCACGGGAGCCGUCUCUCUAUCACAGAAACCGGACACGACAUUCGUGUGAAGAAGAGAAAUCUUCCACGCUUUAAGUUUUGGUCUCUUCCCAAGUUCUUUGGCCGAAUAAACAGCAUGGAAAUCCCCCCCAUGCCACCUGACGAGCUUCUGCUGGAGUCCAUCUCUUGAAACUUAAGAUAUUUCUGUCCAUGUAGGCGCUUCUCAUAGCUUGAGUGAGGAUUGCGUUCAGCCUCCAAAUACAUCUUGAAUUACCCCUUGUGUGCCACAGAUGCUAAGAUCUGACCCAGAAGGACAUUUUGAUGCAAAAAGACUUGCUGGUUGCAUUGUUGCUGCUGAGGACUGUUUGCCUUACAGUAUUCUCUGUCAUAAUGUUGUUAAAUACCCAAAACAGCUGUUGCUAAUCCAGUGCCUCUCCUGUGCUGAACUGCAGCUGGGUUCAGGUCCCUCUCAUUUCUGUUUUUUUCAUCAUUUCUACAUAUUUUUAAUUUCUGAAAAUCCUUCUGGAUCCUGUGUUGUAAGUGGGUAGCUCAGACCCAGCGCAGCUUGGGGCGGUAGCACCAGGGGAGUUUCAGCCCUGACCGCAGCUACCUGCAGCCCAUGGUGACUUACAGCAUCCACCACGCUAACGUGAGGGUCUAGAUCAGGACAGCUAAUUAUCUCCACAUAAACUGAACCUCUUCCCAUUGCUUAAAAUCAAUCAUCUGGAUCUAAUCUAGCCCAAUUUGGGCUGCAAGACUAUAACUUUACCAACAUGUAUCAAGCAAAGAGUAUUAACCUAUAUCCAUAUCAGUGUUAAAGGGAGUUUUCAAACAAACUGGGCUCAGCUCACGCCUGGCUCCUGGGAGCUACAGGAUGCUCAGCUGAUUUUGGGGAAAUGAAUACUUGGAAGACAGUUAUUGGAUAUGCCAUGAGCAAAGAGGAUGAAGGACAUCUCCCAGGACACAUUUACUCACAGAGACUUGGUGUGAGCUGCAUAAUGGUGGACUAGUAGUUGGCAUUGCCGUUUCUUGGGUUAUUAGGAGUCUUGUGUUAUUUGGCAUUUUGCUAAAGCCUGUGGUUGCAGAUUAAGAUGUCAUCCAGGCAUCUCAGUUUUGCUUUAAAAACCAGAAAAGGUCCCAACCCUUGCUGGGUACUGAGUAAAGUUUACAAAACUGACCCAAGUGCAUCUUUAAAGCUUCAAACUUGGGAAGAAAUAAAAAGAUCUCAACACGUA